GUUGACUGGCAUGGCUCUGCUACAUGUGUUCCACUGGGGCUCCGAGGUGGAGAACAACAAUGGCUACUUGGGGCAGACUUUUCUCAGAUGCCAUAAGAGGGAAGAGCAAAACCAUGCAACACCUCUGAAUGUCUUCAUGUGAGACUGGCAUGUUGCUGUUGCUCAUGUCCAUAUUGUACCUGCCAAAGACAGUCUCAUGGCCAAAGGCAAUGUUAACGAGGCAAGCAGAGACACUAAUCCUCUGAAGACAACGAUGGAAGACAAAACAUUUUCGGAACAAAUUUACUACAUGGCCCACUUAUAGUACUGCCACUGGACAAUGGCAGCCUAGCUUUGGACCAGGCAGUUGGACAAUUGGUUCUACUGAAAAGUCUUUACCAACCUCUAUACUCUUACAUCAUGUUUGCACUUAUACCAGUUCAUGCACACAUAUACACAGGUUCUCUAUACAUUAGCCAUGUUUUUGAACACACGCACACUUCACCCACACGCAUCCCCCUCAUUGAAUUCUAACAUUUAUCCUUUGGGGUUCUGGGAGAUAAUCUUGGAGAGAUUCUUGGAGAAUUUACUUGUAAUAAAUUCUAAAGACUGCUGCUCUUUUAUUCUCAGUAUGCCAGACUGGAGAGAGCCAAGGGGUUUCUACAACUGAAGGCACCAUCAUAGUCAGUCUUGUCUCACACUCAGCCCAUGCUCAUGGAGGAGCCUUUGCAGGGUUUUCUGAAAUUUUCUUGGUUUUGGAGAGUAUGUAGGAGCUUUUCUGGUCACCCACCAUGCGAGUAGCAGGAGAAUUCUUGCUGAGUUUCGCCUAUGGCAUAGAUUGCUGAGAUGCUUGUGCACAGGAGUGAGUGAACGUUCCUACUGAAAACUCUGUUUAUUGUUUGCCUACUGAGAAGAUGGGUAGCAAGUCCUUUGGUAACAAUUGUGGACUUCCACAGUCAGAAGUGAUCCGAGGAAAGUAUUUAACCAGCACCACUCAAGAUAAUUGAUAUCAUGUGAAUAUUGACUAGAUGUAAAUCCCCUUAUUAUUUCCAAAAGACCUCACAACAUGCCCCUAACAGCCCAUUCUAGAGGUUGGUAAUUUUGAUUUUUGAUUUUACAGAUGAAGAAACUAAGAACCAAGUAUAUGUGCAGACAGGAGAAAUGAAUUUUCUUUGGAAUCCAUGUCUUUGACAAGUUUUUGGAUGCUAUGUCUUACUCAUUAAUGAUCUUUGAAGUAUGGCCCACAGUUUACUAUGAAAACUGAAUUUUUGGUAGUCACCGAAACCUGGAAUUAGAACCACAAGAACACAGGUGCACACGGACAUUAGAGUCACCAAACUUGAUAUUUUUCUGUCACCUCCAUGAAGGUUGUAUUUGAUUAUAACUUGUGGGUCAUUACCAUUAGCAAGAAAAGCUACUUGGUUGGACAGUAAUGGCCUUGUCUGCAUCAGGGAUCAACAUGAUAUUUUUUGGCAAACAAAACUUGAUAAUGAAUAUUACAAGCUCUGUCAUUGCUAAUGGAAUGGGGAAAAAUAUAGACUACAGUUAAGAGACACAACUUCUCGACAUGGACUUUUCCUGAGCCUGGGAGCUGGGCUGUAACAGACCUCGGGGCAUUCAGUGCUUUAGUGCUGCUGUGCUGACCUACAUCUUUAUGGAUUACCAAUAAUAGGAUUUGCUACUCAGAAGCUGAGACCAUACCUACCCAAACCACACAAGGAGCCUUCAGUGCAUGUCUAUGUCUUUGGGAAAGAUUCCAGACAACUUUCCCGAAGAACUCAAGCAAGUGAGAAUUGAAAACUCACCCUUAUUUGAACUUUCCCAGGGGUUUUUCACCAACAUGAGCAGUUUGGAAUACCUUUGGCUCAACUUUAACAAUGUCACUGUGAUCCACCUAGGCGCCCUGGAGGACCUGCCAGAGCUGAGAGAGCUGAGACUAGAGGGGAACAAACUCCGUUCAGUACCAUGGACAGCGUUCCGCGCCACCCCUCUCCUGCGGGUUUUGGAUCUCAAACACAACCGGAUUGAUUCUGUCCCAGAACUGGCUCUUCAGUUCCUAACCAACCUGAUAUACCUUGACAUAUCCUCCAACAGGUUGACAGUUGUAUCCAAGGGUGUCUUCUUGAACUGGCCAGCCUAUCAGAAACGGCAACAGCUUGGUUGUGGAGCUGAGUUUCUUUCCAAUAUGGUAUUGUCGCUGCACAAUAAUCCUUGGUUGUGCGACUGCCGAUUAAGGGGACUUGCUCAGUUUGUCAAGUCCGUUGGUCCCCCUUUCAUACUGGUGAAUUCGUACCUGGUAUGCCAGGGUCCUGUCUCUAAGGCAGGGCAGCUUUUACAUGAGACUGAGCUCGGAGUUUGUAUGAAGCCAACUAUUUCAACCCCUAGUGUCAAUGUCACUAUCCAGGUAGGAAAGAACGUGACUCUGCAAUGUUUUGCACAAGCCAGUCCCUCACCAACCAUUGCAUGGAAGUAUCCCCUGAGCACGUGGAGAGAAUUUGAUGUGUUGGCCUCGCCAAUUGCAGAAGGUAUCAUUCUGUCUCAGCUUGUCAUCCCAGCAGCUCAACUGGUAGAUGGCGGUAAUUAUACCUGCAUGGCCUUCAACUCCAUCGGCAGGAGCUCCCUUGUCAUCUUACUCUAUGUCCAGCCUGCACAGGCCAUGCCUGGAUUGCAUUUCCUUUCCACCUCUUCAGAGGUCAGUGCCUAUGUUGACCUACGAGUGGUCAAGCAGACAGUGCAUGGCAUCUUGCUGCAGUGGCUCACAGUGACCAACCUUGCUGAGGAACAAUGGUUCACCCUCUAUAUUACAUCUGAUGAAGCUCUCAGGAAGAAGGUGGUCCACAUAGGCCCUGGAAUCAACACAUACGCCGUGGAUGACCUUCUCCCUGCUACAAAAUAUAAAGCAUGUCUCAGCCUGAGGAAUCAGCCUCCAAGCCAGGGCCAGUGUGUGGUCUUUGUGACAGGCAAAGACAGUGGUGGGCUAGAGGGUCGUGAGCACCUCUUGCAUGUCACUGUAGUCUUGUGUGCUGUGCUCCUGGCACUGCCUGUGGGUGCUUAUGUCUGGGUAUCCCAGGGUCCAUACAACUUCAGUGAGUGGUGUUGGCGCCGUUGUCCUCUUCACAGGAAAACCCUAAGAUGCCCACAAGCAGUACCACAGUGCAAGGAUAACUCUUUCAAAGACCCUUCAGGUGUCUAUGAGGAUGGUGAGAGUCACAGAGUCAUGGAGGAGGAUGAGGAGGUAGAAAAGGAGGGUAUCAGUUAACAACCCACCAUGGCAUGGAAAUGAAUAGACCUCUAGUUCCUGAAUCCAACUUCCCAUGACAGCACAACUUGGUUCCAUCCAUUUAUCAAGCAAGGAUUUCUUGAGCAGCCACUGUGUUCUAAUUAAGGUAUUUGAUGAAGAGAAUUCAGAAAUAAGAAAGGGGACACAGUAUUUAUCUUCAUAAAGCUAAAGCCAAUAGAGCUCUGACCUAUUAAACUAUGCCUGAUAGUGGCUAGAAAAUAACAAAUAUUACUCUUAUAUAUGCCUAGCCCUAUAAGGUUUACACAGAACAUCUCAUAUGCAUUAUCCUGCAAAGUAUAAGAUUUAUUGUAGAUAAAGAAACUUGAUCUCAUAAAGGUCUAUCAAGUUUCUGUCCAUCACUUAUCUAGCCAGUGGCAGGGCACUGGUCUACAGAGGAUGGAUUCUGCUGUUUUACAAAUAAGCCAACAACUGGCCUUACUACAAGCACUGUGCUCAUGUGGAUGCAUUGAGAAUCAAUGACAGUUGAAAUAACAUUUUAAAAAUUGGUGGCAACACUCAUAUUGAAAUUAAUCACCCUUCAUUACUUUGGGUUCUUAUAUUUUUUUCUUCAAGGAAAAAGAAUUAAACCUUUUAAAAUGGAAAUUCCCUGUGUGUGCUGGACAGUUUUAUUUCAAGUCGACACAAGCCGAAGUCAUAUGAUAGGAGGAAAAAAAAACUUCAAUCAAAACUGCCUUCACAAGAUUGGGGCUGUAGGACAUUUUUUAAAUUAGUUAUUGAGGGGGGGUUGGCCCUGCCCACUGUGGGUGGUGCCAUUCCCGGGCUGGUGGUCCUAGGUUCUAUAAGAAAGCAGACUGAGCAAGCCAUUUUGCAGCACCCCUCCAUGGCCUCUGCAUCAGUUCCUGGCUCCAGGUUCCUUCCCUGUUCGAGUUUCUGUCCUAGCUUCUUUCAACAAUGUAUUGUGACACAGAAGUGUAGGCCAAAUAAACCCUUUCCCUUCCAACUUCCUUUUUAGUCAUGGUGUUUCAGCAUAGCAAUGAAAAUCUAAUUAAGUCACUAUUGUACCAAAAGUAGAAAAAAAUUACAUUCCUCCCCUCUGAUAACUUCAAUAAAUUUUAGCAUUUUCUAGUCUUA